AGGCGGUCGUCUCGUCUCUGCGUGGCGUGUUACACUGUGUUCUGUCAAACUCUGAACAAAAAGGGGUGAAGGCCCGUGCGCACGAGAGCCGGAGUGAAAGCUUGUGCUCGGGGUGGGGCCCGACUUUUACGCGAAUUUCGACACUGGUAAUCCGCGGAAGUUGAGGAAGAUGAAUUGAUCGGCCUGGAAUUGAUCGCGACGUCGCACGACUGGUGUGUAAUUAUACUUUCGCGAGCGCGCUACUUCGCCGUGAAUCCGUGAGACCAAGAAAGAGACAGCUGGGGGAGGAGACAGCCAUGGAGGACGAUCUGCCGACCGAGUACGAUGUGGUCGUCGUAGGCACAGGUAUGACCGAGUCCAUCGUCGCUGCUGCGGCAAGCAGGAUCGGCAAGAAGGUUCUGCACCUGGACAGCAAUGAAUAUUACGGAGGUCUUUGGGCUACGUUUAAUUUUGAUGGAUUGCAAAAAUGGAUAGAAGAUCUAAAAACGGCUAAGAACAAUACUAGAAAUACAAAUGUUGACUUAGAGGAUGGUGAGAAAUUUCUGAAGGCUAGCGAUCAAUAUUCCACUGUCGAGAACAUUGGAGAAACUUGGUACAUUUCCAACGAGGCGGAUUUACCCGUCGUUUCCUCGAAAGACACCCAGACUGAAAGUUCUGGGGAUAGCAGCGCCAUCGAGGGUGCGGAAAAGACUGAUCAGGACAAGGCUGACAAGAAAGAGAAUGUGAAACAGUGGAGCAUAGACCGUAUAAAAAAGGAAUAUAGAAGAUUUAACAUCGAUCUGGCACCUAAACUGUUAUUCGCCCGUGGCGAGUUAGUGGAACUACUGAUUUCCAGCAAUAUUGCGCGUUACGCCGAAUUUCGCGCGGUAUCUAGAGUUGCCACGUACAUGGACGGUAAACUCACGCAAGUCCCUUGCUCACGAGCCGAUGUGUUCGCCAACAAAACCGUUAGCGUGGUGGAGAAGAGAAUGCUGAUGCAGCUUCUGACAUCUUGCAUGGAACAAGGUGCCGACAGUCCAGAAUUCGAUGGUUUUCGUGAUAAAACGUUCUUAGAGUAUCUUAAUACGAAAAGUCUCACGCCUAUAGUGCAGCAUUACGUUGUGCAAGCCAUCGCAAUGGCAACGGACAAAACAUCGUGCAGGGAUGGCGUUAAUCGCACGAAGCAUUUCCUGAAUAGUCUUGGACGUUAUGGUAAUACGCCCUUCUUAUGGCCUAUGUACGGAAGCGGUGAACUGCCUCAAUGCUUUUGCCGAUUAUGCGCAGUCUUCGGCGGAGUUUAUUGCUUAAAGAGGCAACUGGACGGUGUGGUAGUCAAUGGGGAUAAAUGCAAAGCUAUUAUCACUGGCAAACAAAGAUUGGCUUUGGAGCAUUUAGUCGUAGGGCAGGGACACCUGCCACCGGAAAUCGUAGCCUCCGAAGGAGAGAAUCAAAUUUCGCGCGGAAUUUUCAUCACCGACAGAUCAAUUAUGCAAGGCGAGAAAGAAAGUCUAACACUUUUGUACUAUCCGCCGGAAGAAACAGGCCAGGAACCUGUUACUAUUAUCGAAUUGGGACCAUCCACCAAUGCUUGUCCCCAAGGAUUAUUUAUGGUUCAUAUGACAUGCAAACGUACCAAGAACGCGAAAGAUGAUUUAGCGUAUGUCGUAAAUAAGUUCCUGAGAGCUGAACCGUUUGAUCCCAAUGCCGCACGUAGCUAUUCUGAUUCUCAUACCCAAACGGUAUCUCCCGAUAAACGACAUCUUCAGGAUGGUGAUAAUCAAGAGAAGGAAGAGACAGAAUACCCGACACCUCAAGUGUUGUGGUCCCUGUAUCUGAAUUUACCUGCGAGCGACAUUAAAUUAAACGACUCGGCGCCGAAUAACAUUCACUUGUGCUCUGGACCGGAUCUUGAACUGGAUUUCGACUUUGCGGUGAAUCAGGCCAAGAGUAUCUUCAAGUCUAUGUAUCCGGACGAAGACUUCCUGCCGCGCGCUCCUGACCCAGAAGAGAUCGUUCUGGAGGGCGACGAAACACCGGGCCCGAAAUUCGAGGGCGGCGUACCCGUGGAGGGCGAGGAGAAGCAGGACAUCGAGAAGGCCGAGAAAGAGGAAUAAACGAUUACCGUAUAAUGCUUCUGCGUCUACAGUGUCGAAGAGAAGAUAAGGCUUUUGCGCCUUUAGUGUCUUUUACCUUCAUCGUUAUUGCAUUUCCUUAUAAACAUACUUGGAGAAAAAAAAAACGAAAAAAAAGUAACAAGCAUGGGAUACGAAUUACGAGGCGGUAGUGAUGCAAACGAAAAGAAGCUUCGCGACGUUAAUCUUGGAAUUUUUCGUACGUUCACAUACAUAUACACACACACACACACACACGUUGUUUUUCGAAUCUCCGAGCUCGUCGGACGGUUCCAUCGUUAAAAAUGCUUAUCUUCGAUUCGUCUCUCACCCUUACAAGGAACACGUGCUUUCGCAUUUUACACUUUACUCACGAAAACGCAAGUUUUAUGAAUAUUAUGCUUGGACAUGGACACAGACUCGUUAGAAGAGCACAAAUGCGUUUGCCAAGAAGACAAAAUACGGAGAUCGAUAGCACGAUAUCACGCGAUCGUGCGAUUUUAUAUUAGGUGAACAUACUCUCGGCGAUUCGUAUUUCCCCUCAUUUGUAUAAUUCUCUUUGCGCAAUCGGAUCAUUGCGAGGAAAAAAAAAGAACAAAGAAGAACAGAGAACGACAUUGCGUGAAAAAGAAGAAAAGGAAAGUUCGAAUGCAUUCUACUAAGUAGGCGUAGCGCUCGCAGUCAGAAAUUCCAAGAGACAUACUCCGUACACCGUAUAUAACGAUAUAUCGGCAAAGGUAUGAGAAUGCAGAGAAAGAGAAUACGGCGUCACGCUUUGAUACUUCAGUAGACAUUAACAGCAAUUAUAUAUAAUAUAUUGUAUGUGCACGAGCCAUUAGUCAUUUAGAUAGACAUCGUGACGUAUUUGGGAUUGAUAGUUUGUAUUACAUGCAUUAUAAAUGGAUAUGCUACCUUUAAUGCGCUUGUCAUAAUAUAUCUGUAAUAAACACGAAAGAAGAAA